AUGCCACCGUUUAGUGGCAAGAAGAAGAAGGAGCAGCUACAGAUGAAGCGGCAGCGCAAGCGGGAUGAGGAAGAGCGUUCGAAGGUGCGCGACCGGGAGCGGGAGAAGCUGCGCGAGGACCUCGUGGAGCGCGGCGACGAUGCCUCCGAGGACGUCAUUGAUGCUCUCCUACGCAAGCGAGCGGAUCUGCAGGACCCAGCACGUGGACGCCGUGCUCGACAGCGUGAAAAAGAGAGCACCGCUGCAUCGACUUCUGCGCAUCGCAAAGCUGGCGGUGGCUGUGAUGACAAAGACUACCAGUCUGACAGCAGUGCAGCAUCGAAUGACUCGGAUGGCGAAUGUGGAAACCAGAUGCGGUGCAGCACACUGUCGACAAUGAUGUACAACGCGGACCGUCAUCAUGGGGUGCGCAGCAUCUUCGCCAAAGAAACCGCCGCCGUCAUUGCUGCCCGCAAGCAGCUGAACUAUCGACCGAUUCCGUGCCGGACAACGAUGCCGCCAACAGGCAUUGCGUUUGGCGAGUGGUUUGCCUUUCCAUCCUCUGCGUCCUCAGCCGCGGCCGUGGUUUCACCGGCGGCGGCAGGCGUGAGCUCCAGGCGUGGCGGCGCUGGGGACGGCGGGGAUGCUGGCCAAGUGAACGCGGAGGAAAACCUUGCCGUCAUCGCGGCGGAGAAGCAGCGCCGCAUGGAGCGUCCGUUGGUGUCGUCUGCCGGAGAUGCGCUCGGCGGCGUGAGUAGCAGUGUGUUCUUCCCGUUCGCGGUGGAACUGCCCUCGCGAGGCUGGCACGUUGGAACCGAAGGCAGAGCAGUGGUGGAAGAUGAAAACACGGUAAGGGCUGGUGCUAGUGGUGCUUCAACCCAACUGCAGUCGGGCCGAUCGAGAGCGGCAACUCCUCGAGCACCUGUGGACGACUCCGCCACCUCGCCGUCGAAAGGCAGACACGGGGGGACAACGUGCGCGGGACAAUGCAGCUCAGACCAGAAUGAAGUAAGUGAUGCUGGAAGCAACGACAGCAAUGCGUCCGCAGUUCACACAGGUGUCACUUCUGCAAAGGAGCAUCAAGACAACGCACAGUACAUCAAGAGCAUUGAGGAAAGGCGGUUCGGCCUCUACACAGACUGCGUGGACGCUUACCCCUUUCCUACUGCGCUCGAGGGCCUCGAGGUGAGCUCCUACGAACGGAACUUGGAGGUGUGGCAGCAGCUCUGGCGCACUGUCGAGCUGAGUGACGUCCUUGUCGUCGUGGCCGAUGCGCGAUACCCCAUCAUCCACGCCCAUCUCGGUCUUCUCACCUACAUUGCGAAAGAGACGCGCAAGCCGUGCGUGUUUGUGCUGAACAAGGAAGACCUCGUUCCAGCCUCCACGCUGCAGUGCUGGCAGCGAUUCCUUUAUCGCUACUUGGAGGACCUGGGCUUCUUCGUGGAGCCGCUGGAUGCAGCAGAGCAGCUGGGAGAGAAGGAUACCAAGUGUUGCCGCAGCGAAGGCCUUGCGAAGGGAGGUUCCGUGAGUGGGCGCAUUGUACUGCGCACCUUCACCGCCAACCCGAGACCUGAAACGGCGGGACAACGCGACGGUGAGGUGGAUGUAACACGGCGGCAGAAGAACCGGAAGAAGGCGAACGCGCACAUGUAUGAGAAGCUGCGCACUGGUCGGCUAAACGUGGCGACGCACCUUGGCGGCCGCCAGCGCGCUGCUGCAGGCGGCAGCGACAGCGAAGAGGAUGAUGAGUUCUGUUACGGCGCCACGGAACUGUUUGUGGGGAUGCAGGCCGCUCAGUACGCACUUCAGCAGGAUCGCCGCGCCUACAAGGAGCUCGAGGUGGUCGCUGGCAAGAUCGCCGAGCUGCUGGCGACCUGCCGCCGCUUGGGCACUUUGGCGCGUGCCGCGGCGCAGGGAGAGAAUGCCGCUGCGGUGGAACGGUCAAAUGCAGCCUCGCCGCCGUCAUCGAUGUACGCAACAUCGUCGUUGCCGUGCGUAGCACCACGCGCAGCACAAAAGAAAGCGAAGAAGAGGCGUUUGGCUCGUCACGGUGGCUUGGCCGGCGCUCCUACCGGUGACGACUCCGGAAACGAGAAGAGCGAUGACGCUAUAGAGGACCGGGCGUCAGACAGUCCUUCGUACCUCCACAUUGGCUUCAUUGGUCACCCCAACGUGGGCAAAUCAUCCCUGCUCAACUGCAUUCGCGGCACGAAGGUGGUCUCGGUGAGUCCCACGCCAGGCCACACAAAACACAUUCAGACAAUUCCAGUGCCGGAAGCGCACUUGACGUUAGUGGACAGCCCUGGCUUGGCCCUUCCCGUCUUCGGCGUGCCGCCCCCACUGCAGGCUGUCCUCGGGACGCACCAGAUCGCUCAGACACGCGACCCCCAGACCAGCAUCAGCUUCCUGGCGGCGUAUCUGCCCAUUGAGAAAAUGUACGGAAUGCAGCGGCCCGAGUACGCGCUAUCAGAGGAUGGCUGGAGCUCGCACGAGCUGUGUGAAGCAUAUGCAAAGAAGUGCGGCCUCUUCGUGAAGCAUGGCAAGGGGGCCCUCGAUGUCCACCGUGCGGCCAUUGCCCUUCUGCAGGAGGCCUACGAGGGGCGGCUCGCCCUCUUCUACGCACCACCAGAGCUGAAUCUUCUGCAGUCCACGUGGUAUCGCGAGCGCAUUCGCCCACAUCUUCUGCUGCCGGUAUUCAAACCUACUCUUCUCCCCAGCACGCCAUAG